CAGUGUCGUUGUCGUAUUGUUUUGGUUUUGAUUUCUAAUUCUAAUAUUAUUUAAUCAAUAUUGUAUAUAUGAAAUAGCAUUUGAAUAAAAUUAAAAAUUAUUUAAACUAUAUAUUAGUAAAAUGCUACACAUAAAAUCUGUCUGCCGCUGUAUACAACACAAUGUUUAUAAAUCUCGUUAUUAUACCACAAGAAAGAAUCCUUUUGUUAAGACAUGGAACACACUGUCUAAUGAUAUGUUAAUUAAAAAACGUGCCGUUUAUCCUGAACACGCUGAUGUCGUUAUAAUAGGUGGAGGUUUUAUUGGAUCUUCGGUUGGAUAUUGGUUAAAGACUAGAGCUGGAUCAGGACUCUCGGUUGUUAUUUUAGAGAAAGAUUUAUCUUACGCACAAGUUCAAAAUAAUGUAUCUCUGGGAACCUUAACCCAACAUUUUUCUUUACCAGAAAACAUCCAAUUAGCUCAGUAUUCUGCAGAGUUCUUCAGAAAUAUUAAACUUAAUUUAAAUAGCGAGACAGACAUUAAAUACAGACCAAAUGGAAAUUUAAUACUGGCAAGUGAAAAGUAUGCUCAGAGAUUGGAACAAAAUGUGGCAAUUCAAAAAGAGUUUGGUGUUAAAAAUGAAUUACUCACAGCUGCUGAUGUUAAAGAGAAAUAUCCAUGGAUAAAUACAACUGACAUUGAACUAGGUUGCGUAAGUACAGAAUGUGAAGGGACUUUUAAUCCGGAGGCAUUUUUAAAAGGACUUGUUUUAAAAAAUAGUGAUCUUGGUGUCAAAUAUGUUGAUGCUGAAGUAAUUGGAUUUGAUAUGGAACAACAGCGUGAUGUUUUAAUGGAAGGAGUGACCCCAGGAGGUUUUAGGAAAAUCAGUAAAGUUACAUAUAGGACAAAGGACAAUGAAGAAUAUGAAAUAAAGUUUGCCAUUUGCAUCUUAGCAGCUGGCGGUUGUUCGGGUGAAGUAGCUAAGUCUGCUCAAAUAGGUGUUGGAGAUGGAUUGCUAAAGAUACCUUUACCUAUUCAACAUCGUGAAUACAACAUUUAUAACAUUCAAGAUGAAAAUAGCAAGGUUAGUAUUAAUACACCAGUUAUAAUGGAUACAAGCGGCCUUUGGUUACAACAGAAUGCACUUGACAACAACUUUUUAUGUGGAUAUACACCUUUAUCAACAAAUAGUGUCAAAGAAUUGCUGGCUGAAAAUUUUUAUGAAGAGAUGAUUAAACCUUCUUUAUUCAAUAGGUAUCCAAAAUUUCAAGAACACCAGAUUAAAGUAUUACGGACAGAAUUUCAAGAUUGCAAUACUUAUGAUGAAACUGGUAUUCUUGGUUCACAUCCUUACCACAUCAACUUGGUCAUAGCAGCUGGUUUUGGCAAAUUGGGUUGUCAGCAUGCUCCAGGAAUAGGAAGGGCAAUUGCAGAAUCAAUCAUUGAUGGUCAUUAUUCUAGUAUCGACCUAACAAGAUUUGGGUUUGAUAGACUAUUGAUAGAUGAGCCUUUAGUUGAAUUUAAUGUUUAUUAGUUGUGCUAUGUAAUGUUUUAUUAAAUAUGUGUAAGUAAUGUAAUAAGUUAAAAUAAAAUACAACAUGGAUUUAAAUAACAUUUUAGGUCUAUUACUCAUGAAACUUGCUCACUAUUUAAAAAUGAAAUAAAUUCAGAAAUGAAAAAAAAAAACAUUUUCUUAUAGAAAUCCCUACAUUUUAAUUAAAUCCACUAUAAUUCUUACUACUUCUAAUUACAACUUUAUAAAUAAAUAGAUUUUUACUUAAAUUGAGGUGUUGCAGUAAA